AUGAGAAAGAUUCUUCAUCUUCUUCUUCUCAAAGUCUCUGUUAUUCAAUUCCUCAUUAGUGUUUCUGCUUCACUUCAUUCACCUGCUUCACAGCCUUCUGUCUCUCCCAUUUACACUUCCAUGGCUUCCUUCUCUCCAGGAAUCCAAAUGGGUAGAGGCCAAGAACACAAGUUAGAUGCACACAAGAAACUUCUAAUCGCUCUCAUCAUCAGUUCCUCUUCUCUAGGACUAAUAAUUCUGUCUUGUUUAUGCUUUUGGAUUUAUCGGUCCAAGACAUCUCCCAAAACCACCAAGAACUCAAGCGCUGAGAGUGGGAUUUCAACAUCCAAGAAGGGUUUUGUGCAGUCUUUCGAUUACAAGACACUAGAGAAAGUGACAAGCGGUUUCAAAGACAGUAAUCUUAUAGGAAGAGGCGGAUUCGGAUUUGUUUACAAGGCCUGUUUAAGCAGUCACACUCUAGCAGCGGUUAAAAAAAUCGAAAACGUUAGUCAAGAAGCAAAACGAGAGUUUCAGAACGAAGUUGAUGUGUUGAGCAAGAUUCACCACCCUAACAUCAUCACAUUAUUGGGAUACACAAGUGAAAUUAGCUCGAGUUUUAUCGUCUACGAGAUGAUGGAAAACGGAUCUUUGGAAGCCCAGUUACACGGACCUUCUCGGGGAUCGGCUUUAACAUGGCACAUGCGGAUGAAGAUUGCUCUUGACACAGCAAGAGGUGUGGAGUAUCUUCAUGAGCGUUGUCGUCCUCCGGUUAUCCACAGAGAUAUAAAAUCGUCAAAUAUUCUCCUUGAUUCUUCCUUUAACGCCAAGAUUUCGGAUUUCGGUCUUGCGGUAACGGGUGGGGUGCACGGCAAGAACAACAUUAAACUAUCUGGGACACUUGGUUACGUUGCUCCAGAAUAUCUCUUAGAUGGAAAGUUGACGGAUAAAAGUGAUGUUUAUGCUUUCGGAGUGGUUCUACUUGAGCUCUUGCUAGGAAAACGGCCGGUUGAGAAAUUGAGUUCGGUUCAGUGCCAAUCUCUUGUCACUUGGGCAAUGCCUCAACUUACGGAUAGAUCGAAGCUUCCUAAAAUCGUGGAUCCGGUUAUCAAAGAUACUAUGGAUCAUAAGCACUUGUAUCAGGUAGCAGCAGUGGCAGUGCUUUGUGUACAGCCAGAACCAAGUUACAGACCGUUGAUAACCGAUGUUCUUCACUCACUUGUUCCACUGGUCCCGGUAGAGCUUGGAGGGACUCUCCGAAGCCCAGGUGAAUAUAUCAGCUCGUGCCGUUGCGAUUCCAUGGCUUCGUCAAUGCUUUCUCUCGGUUCUACUUCUCUGCUACCGCGCGAGAUUAACAAGGACAAGCUUAAGCUUGGGAAUUCAGGUUCGAACCCGUUCCUGAAAGCAAAGUCACGUGGCCGCGUGACCAUGACGGUUGCAGUGAAGCCUUCUCGUUUCGAGGGAAUAACAAUGGCUCCACCAGACCCUAUUCUUGGAGUCAGCGAAGCAUUCAAAGCAGAUACCAACGAGCUUAAGCUCAACCUCGGCGUCGGAGCUUAUCGAACUGAGGAGCUCCAGCCUUAUGUGCUUAAUGUCGUUAAAAAGGCUGAAAAUUUGAUGUUGGAGAGAGGAGAUAACAAAGAGUAUCUCCCAAUUGAGGGUUUGGCGGCAUUCAACAAGGCCACUGCUGAGUUGUUAUUUGGAGCUGGUCAUCCUGUCAUUAAGGAACAAAAAGUGGCAACAAUUCAGGGUCUCUCCGGAACAGGUUCACUGCGACUAGCAGCGGCUCUUAUAGAGAGAUACUUUAAUGGAGCAAAAGUUCUCAUAUCAGCACCAACAUGGGGUAAUCACAAGAACAUCUUCAACGAUGCCAAAGUUCCGUGGUCUGAGUACCGUUACUAUGAUCCAAAAACGAUUGGUUUGGAUUUUGAGGGAAUGAUAGCAGAUAUAAAGGAAGCUCCAGAAGGAUCUUUCAUUUUGCUACACGGAUGUGCUCACAACCCAACCGGCAUUGACCCAACUCCAGAACAGUGGGUGAAGAUUGCUGAUGUCAUUCAAGAAAAGAACCAUAUCCCGUUUUUCGACGUUGCGUACCAGGGAUUUGCUAGUGGAAGCCUUGACGAAGAUGCAGCAUCUGUGAGACUGUUUGCUGAACGUGGAAUGGAGUUUUUCGUUGCUCAGUCGUAUAGUAAGAAUUUGGGUCUUUACGCUGAAAGGAUUGGUGCAAUCAAUGUCGUUUGCUCAUCAGCUGAUGCUGCUACAAGGGUUAAGAGUCAGUUGAAAAGGAUUGCUAGACCUAUGUACUCAAACCCACCAGUUCAUGGGGCGAAAAUCGUGGCUAAUGUCGUUGGCGAUGCAACUAUGUUUGGUGAGUGGAAAGCAGAGAUGGAAAUGAUGGCAGGAAGGAUAAAGACAGUAAGACAAAAGUUGUACGACAGCCUCGUUUCGAAAGACAAGAGCGGGAAAGACUGGUCAUUCAUUCUGAAGCAAAUUGGCAUGUUCUCCUUCACCGGCCUCAACAAAGCUCAGAGUGAUAACAUGACGGACAAGUGGCAUGUGUACAUGACCAAAGACGGGAGGAUAUCGUUGGCCGGCUUGUCUCUGGCGAAAUGCGAGUAUCUUGCUGAUGCCAUCAUCGACUCGUAUCACAACGCGUUGUUGUAUUGGGAGACUCCCAUCGAGUUAUAG